AGCAGAGCAAUUGCGAAUGGAUGGAAGGAAAUUCCAGAAGCUGUAAUGAACAUUUGUGGUGAGUGAGACUCAUUUUGUGCCUUGUUUUGUCAGGCAUUUUUCCUGAAUACAUUUGAAAGAUCCUUUCUCAAAAUAGGCCAAAGUACAACGUAAGCUGUACAGCUUGAGAUUUACAGUCUAGCUCUAAUUCAUGUUUCUGUUUCAGAUGAUCUAAUGGCAGACCAAAGAAUGGACAUUACCUCUACGAUGAAUGAGUUCAUGUCCCCCAGCUCCACCGACCUGAUCAGCAGCUCCAUCAACACCCCAGGCAUGGACUACACCCGCAAGAGGAAGGGCAGCACCUCCGACUACCAGUAAGCACCUACCGUAACCAUCGUCACAUCACUGUGGCCCUGCACUCAGUCACCUUAGUCUCCCCCCAGCCUCCCACCAUAGUCAGUGUUGGAGAUAAUGGGUUCACUGAGUUCUAAAGUUAUGAAUGAGUAAUUAAUACUCCAACUUUGCUAGUAAUAGUUAUGGGAAAUACCCUUAAAAAAUAUAUAUAUGUAUUGUGCUAUAUUGACUCAUUUGUAAGUCUAUACAGUAAUUUCCCUGCAAUCUGUUACUGAUCCGCAUUCAUCUGACAACAGAAUGAUUAAUGCAUUAUUUUAUUUCUUUGCAGAAUUGAUGGAUUUUCUUUCGAGUAAGUAUGAAAACGGUUUCUUAUUUUUCACCCUUGUCUGUUAGGCUUACCUUUUUUCUUAGACACUUUGAAUGGUAUAGUGCGAAUGGAUAGUAGGAAACUGGAGAAAAACAAAUGAAAUCGGAAUCUAACAUGGUUCAGUAAAACUAAUGGCAUCUGAUUAUCUUCCACAGCGAUAGCAGUAUGGAUACAGACAAGGAUAAGCUUAGGUAAGAGUUUUGGCAGCAAAAAGCAUGUAUAAAGUAAAGCUUAUUUUUGCCAUGUUACUGGUUAUAUAUUGUACAGGGGAGGCAGAGAUGUUGGGUUAAGAUAGUGGUUUCAUUGCAAGAUUGAGUAGGCGUUAAUCUAUUGUCAUGUAAGAUUUACAUGGUGAGACAAUGGUGACAUUGUAGAGGGCUAUAUACACUGAGUGUACAAAACAUUAGAAACACCUUCCUAAUAUUGAGUUGCACCUCCUUUUACCCUCAGAACAGCCUCAAUUUGUCAGGGCAUGGACUCUACAAGGUGUCAAGCGUUCCACAGGGAUGCUGGCCCAUGUUGACGCCAAUGCUUCCCACAGUUGUGUCAAGUUGGCUGGAUGUCCUUUGGGUGGUGGACCAUUCUUGAUACACACGGGAAACUGUUGAGCAUUAAAAACCCAGCAGCUUUGCAGUUUGUGACACACUCAAACCGGUGCGCCUUGCACCUACUACCAUACCCUGUUCAAAGGCACUUAAAUCUUUUGUCUUGCCCACUCACCAUCUGAAUGGCACACAUACACAAUCCAUGUGUCAAUUGUCUCAAGGCUUAAAAAUCCUUCUUUAACCUGUCUCCUCCCCUUCAUCUACACUGAUUUUGAAGUGGAUUUAACAAGUGACAUCAAUAAGGGAUCAUAGCUUUCACCUGGUCAGUCUGUUGGGAAAAGCAGGUGUUCCUAAUGUUUUGUACACUCAGUGUAUAUACCAUUACAUAACCUUUGUGGAACAGUGGCGGAGUGAUACAUUUUCUACUAAAACGUCUCUCUUUUAUCUUUUCCUUCUUCCAGGGAUUGUGGUGAUCACCAGGGCCGGAUAAAAAAUGCCAGGUACCCAGACUCAUUCCCGAUUCCUCAUGUUUCACUUUUAAAAGUCUCUGUCGGCAAUGAAUAUGCAUAGUGUUUCCACUGACCUGGCACGCGGUUAAACUCCAGGAUCAAAUAUAUUAUAUUUCCAGGGUGAAUUAAAUGCUCCUUUUUAAUGAGAGACCGAGAGCCUUUUGUCCCAUCGAUGAAUAGGCACUUUAUAUAGUCUAUAGAUUGCACUGUGUAACAGAAGGAUUGGGAGUUGUUCUAACAGUUUGCUUUCUGCUACUAGGGAGGCACACAGUCAGAUUGAGAAGAGGCGUAGAGACAAGAUGAACAGCUUCAUAGACGAGCUGGCGGCGCUAGUGCCUACCUGCAACGCUAUGUCCCGCAAGCUAGACAAACUCACAGUCCUACGCAUGGCUGUCCAGCAUAUGAAGACAUUACGAGGUGAGAUGCAGACAGAGACAGUAGGCAAAUUAUCACUGGACAUCAAAGAGGGGGAAAAGUUGUGACUUGAUAAUUAAAUCAUUAUUAAAAGACUACUUUUUUUGUUUCUGUACAGGCGCAGCGAACCCUUACGCAGAGGCGAACUACAAGCCAUCUUUCCUGUCUGAUGAUGAACUGAAGCACUUAAUACUGAGGGUAGGUUCAAGCCCUCCUCUAACUCCUCUCUGCUUUCUGGGUAAGCCUGAUGACACAAACCUCAUUAUUUUAUUGUAUGUUUUCCUUUAGGCUGCUGAUGGCUUUCUGUUUGUCGUCGGAUGCGAUCGUGGGAAGAUCCUCUUCGUCUCUGAGUCCGUUUACAAGAUCCUCGACUAUAGCCAGGUACGUCUACAUUCCUGUCAAAUGGCCUACUGUUAUACUACACUGCUCAAAAAAAUAAAGGGAACACGUAAACAACACAAUGUAACUCCAAGUCAAUCACACUUCUGUGAAAUCAAACUGUCCACUUAGGAAGCAACACUGAUUGACAAUAAAUUUCACAUGCUGUUGUGCAAAUGGAAUAGACAACAGGUGGAAAUUAUAGGCAAUUAGCAAGACACCCCCCAAUAAAGGACUGGUUUUGCAGGUGGUGACCACAGACCACUUCUCAGUUCCUAUGCUUCCUGGCUGAUGUUUUGGUCACUUUUGAAUGCUGGCGGUGCUUUCACUCUAGUGGUAGCAUGAGACAGAGUCUACAACCCACACAAGUGGCUCAGGUAGUGCAGCUCGUCCAGGAUGGCACAUCAAUGCGAGCUGUGGCAAGAAGGUUUGCUGUGUCUGUCAGCGUAGUGUCCAGAGCAUGGAGGCGCUACCAGGAGACAGGCCAGUACAUCAGGAGAUGUGGAGGAGGCCGUAGGAGGGCAACAACCCAGCAGCAGGACUGCUACCUCCACCUUUGUGCAAGGAGGAGCAGGGGGAGCACUGCCAGAGCCCUGCAAAAUGACCUCCAGCAGGCCACAAAUGUGCAUGUGUCUGCUCAAACAGUCAGAAACAGACUCCAUGAGGGUGGUAUGAGGGCCCGACGUCCACAGGUGGGGGUUGUGCUUACAGCCCAACACCGUGCAGGACGUUUGGCAUUUGCCAGAGAACACCAAGAUUGGCAAAUUCGCCACUGGCGCCCUGUGCUCUUCACAGAUGAAAGCAGGUUCACACUGAGCACGUGACAGACGUUCUGCUGCCUGCAACAUCCUCCAGCAUGACCGGUUUGGCGGUGGGUCAGUCAUGGUGUGGGGUGGCAUUUCUUUGGGGGGCCGCACAGCCCUCCAUGUGCUCGCCAGAGGUAGCCUGACUGCCAUUAGGUACCGAGAUGAGAUCCUCAGACCCCUUGUGAGACCAUAUGCUGGUGCGGUUGGCCCUGGGUUCCUCCUAAUGCAAGACAAUGCUAGACCUCAUGUGGCUGGAGUGUGUCAGCAGUUCCUGCAAGAGGAAGGCAUUGAUGCUAUGGACUGGCCCGCCCGUUCCCCAGACCUGAAUCCAAUUGAGCACAUCUGGGACAUCAUGUCUCGCUCCAUCCACCAACGCCACGUUGCACCACAGACUGUCUAGGAGUUGGCAGAUGCUUUAGUCCAGGUCUGGGAGGAGAUCCCUCAGGAGACCAUCCGCCACCUCAUCAGGAGCAUGCCCAGGCGUUGUAGGGAGGUCAUACAGGCACGUGGAGGCCACACACACUACUGAGCCUCAUUUUGACUUGUUUUAAGGACAUUACAUCAAAGUUGGAUCAGCCUGUAGUGUGGUUUUCCACUUUAAUUUUGAGGGUGACUCCAAAUCCAGACCUCCAUGGGUUGAUACAUUUGAUUUCCAUUCAUUAAUUUUUGUGUGAUUUUGUUGUCAGCACAUUCAACUAUGUAAAGAAAAAAGUAUUUAAUAAGAUUAUUUCAUUCAUUCAGAUCUAGGAUGUGUUAUUUUAGUGUUCCCUUUAUUUUUUUGAGCAGUGUAUAUUUGCUGUUGUACAUGUCAGACCAUAUCUGAGCUCACAAAUGUUCAUUUCCAAAGUCAAUCUCCCCUCCCCGCUCUCUCACCCCAGAACGACCUGAUUGGCCAGAGUCUGUUUGAUUACCUGCAUCCUAAAGACAUCGCCAAAGUCAAGGAGCAACUGUCAUCAUCGGAUACAGCACCCCGGGAGCGACUCAUCGAUGCCAAAAGUAAACUCUCCCUCCUGUCUCGCCAGACCCUGGGGGGGGGAGUCGUCAAUAAUACAUUAUUACAGCAUAAUGCCUUAGUAAAUACUUUUCCAAAAUACUGGCAGUUUACCUGCUAUAUUAUGUGUGUAAACAACAUGAUUUAUGGUGCACCGUAAAUGUAUAGACUAUGUACAAGUAUCUUAUGUACAUUAUAAGAGUAGAAUGCUUUUAACAUUGUAUGUAAGUUAUUUCUAAAGCUAUUGGGAAUGAUUAGCAUGUUCAGCAGUGGUCUUAUAUGAUUUGCUUGUUCUUCCUCAGCUGGCCUGCCAGUGAAGACUGACAUCACCCCUGGGCCGUCUAGACUGUGCUCCGGAGCCAGACGUUCUUUCUUCUGCCGGAUGAAAUGUAACCGGCCCUACGUCAAAACGGAGGACAAGGACUUCCCCUCGACCUGUUCCAAAAAGAAAGGUUCCUAUCUCAAGAUCUAGGCCUCCUUCCCUGCUGUCUUAACUUUGGUUACUCAGAAACCUGGCAUCACAGAUUAUUAGCAUCAUGUUAGCAUUACAAUGAGAGCACAGGAUGCAUGCUACUCUGUGUACCAAAUGGCUAAUAAACAAUAUGCUUAUUGUUGAACUUAAUAUGGGAAGGCAGUAGCAAGAAAUAUUGAUGUGCUGCGAUUUAAAGCCGUUUAGUAAGAAAAGCUGCGUAGGUCAUGCAAAAAAGAAUGCAAAUCUCCAGUUGAGCGCUCGCUGAAUAUUUUAGUGCUAAUUAAUAUUUGAUCUAGGAAAACAUUCUCCCCUUGAUUGACCAUUGAUUCAAAUACAGGCUAGUAUUACUUGUUUGCUUAACUUGUGGUUUUCUCAUUAAAUCAGUAAUUUACACUUGACCUUAAGUCAUGGACCACUGAUGUAAACCGAUGGAUAACUUACCAUUGUAUGGGAGGAAAUCUAUUUACAAUGUUUAUUUUUUACCUUCAGCCGAUCGCAAGAGCUUCUGCACGAUCCACAGUACUGGCUACCUGAAAAGCUGGCCGCCCACCAAGAUGGGUCUGGACGAUGACAACGAGCCCGACAACGAGGGCUGUAACCUCAGCUGCCUGGUGGCCAUCGGCCGGCUGCACCCCCACAUCAUCCACCAGCCCUCCCAUGAAGACAUCCGCGUCAAACCCACCGAAUACGUCUCCCGCCACGCUAUCGACGGGAAGUUUGUCUUUGUCGACCAGAGGUACGACGAUGGAGCUUAUGCCUUAAUUUUACUAUGACAUUUUUGGUUUAUGAUUACAUGUGUGCUAGUCGUUCAGCCUCACUAUAUUUGAUGAAUUAAUCUCCUGCUAACAGCUUGACACCUCACAAGCCAUUAUUACUCAUGAUGAAGGGUAAUCAAACUUUCAUAAAAAUGUCAGUGAACUGAUUCAUCUUCAUAGGAAACGCUCCGGUACCAUUUUAAAGACUCUUGUCAAAAACUAUUCGUUUCUUUUCUGUGCUGUUCUUAAGGGCCACAGCCAUUAUUGCAUACUUACCCCAGGAGCUUCUAGGCACCUCCUUCUACGAGUAUUUUCAUCAGGAAGAUAUUGGCCACCUGGCAGAAUGUCACAGACAAGGUAUUGGAUCAACUGUCCGGCAUGACACAACAUUUCUUUGUGAUUUACAUCUUACUAUAUUUAGUCACAACGUUUUGUUUUCUGACCUUACAUCCUGGGUAUCUUGUUUCACAGUGCUGCAGAUGAGAGAAAAGAUCAACACAAACUGUUACAAGUUCAAGAUUAAGGAUGGCUCCUUCAUCACGCUGAGAAGCUGCUGGUUUAGUUUCAUGAAUCCCUGGACCAAAGAAGUGGAGUACAUCGUCUCCACAAACACAGUGGUCUCGUAAGUCGCCCUUCUCUCUGUCCUCGCUAUGAAGGUUACAUGGGAACGCAUACUGUACAUAUUAGAAGUGGUGCGUCACUGAUUGUUGUAGAGCUAACUGGUAGUGUUUAUUCAGUGGAUGUUUUGUUUUAGCACUUGAAACACUGGUGCUGAUGUUGCUGUCUUAAUGCUUCUCUAGAUGCAGUAUGUUAGACGGUGCAGACCCCUAUCCUCAGUCUGCUGCCUCCCCCACAGCCUCUGUGGACAGUGUGCUGACGUCAGAAGGUGACAUUAUUGAAAAUUGUGAAAGAAGGCAUGCUUUUCUACAUAUUAAGCGGGGCUUUCUUUACGUCCUUGGAACAAGAUCUGAGAUGUCAGCUGAUUCUCUCUGUACACCAAGAUGCAAGCUAUAUUGAAUAGCUUUCUUUUUGAUAAAUGUUGUGUAUCUAUGUGUUAAAACAUUCUAAAGCAUCUGUUGAGAUCUCACAAGACUUGGUAUUGGAGCGUUGGACCAAAUGUGAAAAUACAAUGUUCAGUCAGUCCAGGAGCAGGCAAUGUGUUUGAUUGCAGGUGGAGGGAGACGGGCCGUUCAGACGGUGCCAGGCAUCCCUGGUGGAACACGGGCAGGCGCCGGUAAGAUCGGCCGCAUGAUCGCAGAGGAGGUGAUGGAGAUUCAGAGGUGAGAGAGUUUAGGCAGAAAAUGGAUGACGGCUUAUUAAUAGCUGCAGAAUCAUUAAAAUAACACAGAGACCAUAAACCAGGUCUCUUCGAUUAUAACUUUUCUCUUCUCGUCCCCCUGCUCUCAGAUAUUGAUUCACCCUUUAUCAAAAAGUGACAGGCUUGCAAAUGAGUCUGUUCAGCUAGGCUACGUUGGCUGUGAUGAAUUACCUGGAGCUGAAGGUUUUUUUUUAUUAUUAGCUGACUACACUGUCACAGAACCCUGGUGUAACGGUAUUGUCUGUUCUUCUCUCUGCCAGGACCAGAGGCUCCACACCCUCCAGCUGUGGCUCCAGCCCCCUGAACAUCAGCACCCCCCCUCCAGACUGCUCUCCAGGGGGCAAGAGGGUGAGUCUUGCACAAUAAAUUGAUACCUUGCUAGCAUCACUGAUUAUUUGAUUGGAUGUUGUGCCUGAUCCAGUAUUGUCUGUUGGAUACUUGAAGUCAGGCAUCUAUCCUGUGGCUGAAAGCUGGUCUUCUAUCUAGACCACCACUGACCUCUUUGUUCUUGCAGAUUCAAAAUGGUGGAACGUCAGACCUUCCGUCUGCAGGAAUGCUACCAGGAGGACCUGACUCCAUUGGAUACCCAUACUCCAACCAGUCCAUUAUGAGUAAGUUACCAUGCCCACCAUUUUCAACAAAUGUUCCAAAAACAGAUGUUACAAACAAUGAAUCCUCCCCAUUCAAGUAGACGUGUAGUAUUUGUGCAGGGAAAAAUCUAAACGGUACUGAAUCAAAAUCCAGUCGUGUGAUUGACUACAGCGUUUACCCUUACCACCCAUGUAGGUGAAAACUCUCAUCUCAGCAUCGACAUCAUGGACGAGCCAGGCUCCAGCAGCCCCAGUAACGAUGAGGCAGCCAUGGCUGUGAUCAUGAGUCUCCUGGAGGCUGACGCAGGCCUUGGGGGCCCCGUGGACUUUAGUGACUUACCCUGGCCCUUGUGA